GCCACAAAAGAGUGGGUUAGCUGGGUGAAGAGGGGAGCUGGAGUUUGUUGGUUGUGGUGUGAAGAAGUCAGUGCUGCAAGGAGCUGCCCAUGAGAAAUCAACAAGAAAGUAUGGAACUUUUGCAAUUAGAUAGCAAGAGGACUGGGAAAGAAACCCAGAGUCGUGAGUUUGGUGGAGUCCUGCGUGUUUCCAAACGCCCUGCUCUGAGUUCAUCCCACCAGUAAGGCUGUGCAGCGUGAGGACUGAGUACUUUGUGUGUGCCUGAAUGCAUCAGCCUUUGGAGGUGAGCGCCUUCCCUUGAAGCAGCCUCGUGAUAACCAAGUGCCUUCUCUCUUGGGAAGUCCCUUGGAAGUGCCUGUCUGUACGUCUGACUGGGUGCCUGACAGGGCUACCUUGCUUCCAGACCUGAAGCAUGUCCCACCCAUCCUGGCUGCCCCCCAAGAGUACCAACGAGCCUGUUGGCCACGUUGCUGCAAGGAUGGAGACCACACACACCUUUGGCACUCCCAGCAUCUCCGUGUCCACCCAGCAGACCCCAAAGAAGUUUGCGCCUGUGGUUGCCCCCAAACCGAAGUACAACCCAUACAAGCAGCCAGGAGGUGAUGGGGACUUCCUUCCUCCUCCUCCCCCUCCUGUGGAUGACCUUGGGAACAUCACAUCAUCACAAGGUGCCUUUCCCCCCCCACCCCCUCUGGAUGAUGUUUCUUACAAUGUACAGGUGAAUCCUGGUGGCAAGACCCUUGAGGAGAGGAGGUGCAGUUUAGAUGCAGAAAUUGACUCUCUGACCAGCAUCCUGGCCGACCUGGAGAGCAGCUCUCCAUACAAACCUCGGACUCAACAGGGCUCUGGGACCUCAAGCAGCUCUGCUGCCACCACCCCGUCCGUGUCCACUCCUGUCACUGGCCACAAGCGGAUGAUCAUCCCCAACCAGCCUCCCCUCACCGCCACCAAGAAGUCCACUGCCAAGGGCCCGGGGCAGCCAGCGCCCAUCCCGGUCACUCCCGUUGGCACCCUGAAGCCACAGCCGGUGCCGGCCUCCUACACCACGGCCUCCACGCCGAGCCGCCCGGCCUUCAACGUGCAGGUGAGGACGGCGCAGCCCAGCCCGCACUACCAGCCACCCUGCCCACAGCCUGGCCACUAUGGCAGCCUGGGGCCUGGCCAGGCCUACGCCACCGCGACGUCCCGCCAGCCCGCUGUCCCUCAGUACGGAGCACCGCAGCCCCAGGGGCCCGGCUACGGCUACGGCCCUCCGCCUGGCCGGCCCAGCGAGCCCGCCUAUGGGUACGCGCCCCCACAGGGCCGCUACCAGGAGCCUUACUACGGGGGCUACGGCGGCAGGAACGGCUCCGAGGCGCCCUACGUGCCACAGAGCUCCUGGAAGGCCGAGCCGGCGUAUCCUGCGAGUAAUGCCAUGGGCCAGGCUCCUCCUGCGCUCUACCAGCCGCCAGGCACGAAGAAGACCUACAUCACUGACCCAGUGCUGGCCCCGCAGCCGCCUGCCCUGCAGCAGAAGAGUGGGUAUCCAAGCUCUGGACCUACAUCAAGCACUCCUGCCUUCAGGCCUGAGGAUGAGCUGGAACAUCUGACCAAGAAAAUGCUGUAUGACAUGGAGAAUCCUCCGUCUGAUGAGUACUUUGGACGCUGUGCCCGCUGCGGGGAGAAUGUUGUCGGAGAGGGCACCGGUUGCACAGCCAUGGACCAAGUCUUCCACGUGGAUUGUUUCACCUGCAUAAAGUGCAGCAGCAAGCUGAGGGGACAGCCUUUCUACGCCGUGGAGAAGAAAGCCUACUGUGAACCCUGCUACAUUAAUACACUGGAGCAGUGCAGUGUCUGUACGAAGCCCAUCAUGGAAAGGAUCCUCCGAGCCACUGGGAAGGCCUACCACCCCCACUGCUUCACCUGUGUGAUGUGCCACCGCAGCCUGGAUGGCAUCCCCUUCACUGUGGAUGCUGGUGGCAACAUCCACUGCAUUGAGGAUUUCCAUAAGAAAUUUGCCCCGAGGUGUUCUGUGUGUAAGGAGCCCAUCAUGCCAGCCCCAGGACAGGAGGAGACCGUGCGCAUUGUUGCCCUGGAUCGUGACUUCCAUGUGCAGUGCUACCGGUGCGAGGACUGUGGUGGCCUCCUGUCUGAAGGGGACAAUCAGGGCUGUUACCCUCUGGAUGGGCACAUCCUCUGCAAGACCUGCAACUCCGCUCGGAUCCAGGCUCUGACUGCCAAGGCCAGCACUGAUCUCUGAGUAUCAACUGUGACCCUCCCCAGGAUGCCCAUUGGGAGAUAUUGCACAAGCUUUGCAUGAUUUCUUUCCAGCCUAGGGUCUGAAUCUCUGUUAUUGAAAAAAAGAAAAAAAAAAAAGAAAAAAAAAAGUAAAACUGGAAGGUCUUGGAACAAGAGGGCAGUUUGAGAGCCCAUGUUCAGACAACCCAUGACAGACACCUAAUUUAGACACAACUGUCCAGGAGGGCAGUGAGGUGAGUGAGUCAGAGCAGCUGCUCUGUGUGCAGCUGAUGGAGUUAAGGGUCACAGCACCUAAGUUAUCUGCCUGUAUAAAGAGGUCUGAACAUGGUCCUUGCUAUGCUUUGAUUCCUGUUUCUUAAGAAGUACAUGAAGGUAGAGGGUGAAAGAUGGCUGAGGUAGUUAUUUCUCCCAAGUUAUUUUGAGAACCUGAGCAGCUCUCAUUGAAGUCAUGGGACUUCAAUGUCUGCUGAUGACUUUAAUAGGAUCUGUGUCACCAGCAGAAGUAGCUCCACUGUCCUAGAAGGUGUGAGAGCAGAGCCAGCAUUAACACAAACAGUGCAACUGCAGCUGUUCUGCAGCUGAGUGUAGGUGUGAUCUUGUAUCCUUGGGACACAGAUCGGUCAUUUCUUAGGCCCUUGCUUGUCUCCAUUCCCUUCCAGUUCAAAGUGUUUUUCUUUUACUCAUGAAAGUCUAUUUAGCUAUUGCAUAAAUUUAUUCAGUAGUGAUGCUUCCAAUUCACAAUGUAUGAGCAAUCACAAAAGAUGUGAGCUUGCACACACUACACACACAAUACACAAUAUACACAACAUGCUUUUGAUUUACCAGAGGCAUAAGCCAGUCAUGUCCCUUGAGAAGAUAUUUAAGGGAUGUGGGGCUGGAAACACAUUUCUGAAAUCCCAGUGGUUAAAAAAAGAUUAAAAUGACUACAUAGAACUGCAGUGUAAAGUGAUGCUCAAAAAAAUCUUACACCACUCUCUCAUAGAGCCCAUUCUAAUGGGGCCACUGGCAGUGUUGGUCUCUGGGUAGACAUUCAAGCAAUAAAGUCUUUUUCCAUCUCCUGUUAUUGC